AUUAAAAAUAAGCAGAGCAACUGAGCAGUAUGAGUGAAAGCGUGACCAAUUCAGUUAACGAAAGUGCAGUCCAGGUCCUGAGAUUUCCACAUUCGCUUUUCACGUCACGUUCAUUUGAUUUCCAUUUCUUAACCUUUCUUCUCUCUUCUUUCCUCAGUCCAAUUCCAAAGAGAAAUUGAAACUUCAUUCGUAUACUCCGCAACAUGGCCUGCACUUGCAUCUCCUCUUCCCUCUUCACUCCUCUUCAACUCCGCCACCGUCCAUCGUCACUCCCACAUUUCCCCGCCGCAACUUUUCACCCUUUCCCGUCCAUUAAACUAAACCCUUCCCACCCCUUCCGUCUUUCAGCCCUACCCCUCUUCUCACAACCCACCGGCAACAACAACAACAGUAACAACAACAAUGGUGGUGGCGGUGGUGGUGGCGGCAGUGGAUCCUGGGGUCACCCUUUUGACUCCGACGAUUCUUCCUCUUCAGGUUCCCGUCACACUCUUUUCCUCGCCUUGCUAUUCUCUUCCGUUACUUUUUGUUUCUGCCAACUCCUUCUCGCUAAAUUCGCAAUGGCAAAUAACCGUAAUUCUUCUACAUCAUCUUCCAUUGAGAAUGAAAUCUUGACCCAACCCAUUUGGGAAGUGAAAGGUGGAAACUUGAUCAAGCUUUUCCCCGAUCAUUUAAAAGACACUUUCAUUGCUUCAAACCCCGGCUUGUUUUCCGAAUUAUCAUCCCUAACACCUCCCCAAGUUCCAACCUUUCUGUUCAACAAAUGCAGGGAGUUUUUGGUGAGGUUGAUGCUUCCUGAGGGUUUUCCUAACAGUGUGACAAGCGAUUAUUUGGAGUAUUCAUUGUGGAGAGGAGUUCAAGGUGUUGCUUGUCAGGUUAGUGGAGUGUUGGCGACUCAAGCUUUGCUUUAUGCUGUUGGGUUGGGGAAAGGGGCUAUUCCAACUGCUGCUGCUAUUAAUUGGGUGCUUAAGGAUGGAAUUGGGUAUCUUAGUAAGAUUUUGUUGUCGGAUUUUGGGAGGCAUUUUGAUGUUAAUCCUAAAGGGUGGAGAUUGUUUGCUGAUCUUCUUGAAAAUGCUGCUUUCGGUUUGGAGAUGUGUACUCCGGCUUUUCCUCAUUUGUUUGUGCCUAUUGGUGCUUUUGCUGGUGCUUCUCGCUCCGCUGCUUCUUUGAUUCAGGCUUCUACCAGGAGCUGUUUCUUUGCUGGUUUUGCAGCUCAAAGGAAUUUUGCUGAGGUAAUUGCUAAAGGUGAAGUUCAAGGAAUGGCAAGCAGAUUUAUUGGCAUCGGGCUUGGAAUAGGUCUGGGUAACUGCAUAGGCUCUUCUACACCACUUAUUCUUGCUUCUUUUUGCGUCGUGACUUGGAUCCACAUGUACUCCAAUCUAAAGUCUUACCAGUCCAUUCAGAUACGGACUUUAAAUCCUUAUCGUGCAAGUUUGGUUUUCAGUGAAUAUCUAAUGAGUGGUCAGGCUCCUCCUGUUAAAGAGGUCAAUGCUGAGGAACCAUUAUUUCCAGCUGUACCCGUGUUAAAUGCAUAUUUUGCAACCAAAGCACCAUCAACUGUCUUAUCAUCUGAAGCAAAGGAUGCAGCUGUAGAAAUUGAAAACCGUCUGCAGCUUGGAUCAAAACUCAGUGAAAUUAUCAAUAAUAAGGAGGAAGUGCUUGCUCUGUUUUCACUAUAUAAAAAUGAAGGCUACCUUUUGUCUGAGCAUGGGGGAAAGUUCUGUGUGGUGCUUAAAGAAAAUUGUUCACAGCAGGAUAUGCUGAAGGCAUUGUUUCAGGUUAACUAUCUUUAUUGGUUAGAGAAGAAUGCAGGAAUUGAAGGAAGAGGAUCCCUUCAUGACUGCAAACCUGGCGGGAGGCUGCAGAUAUCUCUAGAAUAUGCAGAAAGGGAAUUCAAUCAUGUUAGAAAUGAUGGAGAGUCAGUUGGUUGGAUCACAGACGGGCUUAUUGCAAGACCUAUGCCUAAUAGAAUUCGACCGGGCAACACGGAGUGAGUUACUGAUAUGGGGAAUGGCUUGUGGUUUUUCGUACCUGACCACUUGUCGCGUUGCUUUCACGGGGAAUCAAGUUGUAGACAAAAUGUAUAGGUCCUAGACAUCUGCGACGAGCGCAUUGAUUGGUACAAACUGUUGAAGCCACAAGGUGUGACUAACACCACAAGAAAAAAAUGCCAAUUCACCUGCCUUUUGUCAAUGUCAGUGAAAGGACCGACACAUAAAUAAUUAGGAAAAAGAUUACAAGACAGAUUUUACACGCAAAGAGAUUAUAUCCAACGCACAGUUUGAAGUAGUUGUUUAGAGUUUUAGAUGUAUGGUGAAAUGUUAAACUUUGCUUGCUGCAGAACUAAAUUUGUAUAGUUUGCACAAAAUCUCCCAAAAUUGAUGGUAUUUGACCAAUAUAUACAUUGUCUUUAUGCCACAGAUGAUACACGUGCCUUCAUGCCAUUUUACAAAAAUUAAACAAGAGAUUAGCACCUUACAAAAGAUAACAAUAACUAUAUGAAAGUUGUUAAAGCAAAGACUGUCAGUCUGCAUUAAGGCUAGUAGUAGGCAAAUGUGUUUUUCUAUAUUUUUGUCAUGAGUUAAGAUAACAAAGGCAGGCAAAUCCAAAAGGCAAGUUCAUUAGACCUUAAAAUGUUAUGACUUAGUCUGGUUAGAAUAUGUGAUAUUUUAUUUAUUGCAGAGAUAUCAGAUUCAGGAGGAUUUCAU